UCGGCUCUCCUAUUGGCUCCUUCUCUAGAGUGUCACUAGCGACUGUGCCAUCGUAUUUUCUUCAAGAAAUCCUUCCAUUCUGAAGGAUUCGUACGUAGGUAUACGGGCAUAUUGAUAAUGAUAACUUCAAUGUAUAACGUAUGAGAAACAACGUCAGUUUCAGGAUGAAAGCGGUGAUACAACGCGUGACACAGGCUAGUGUUUCAGUUGAUGGUGAAAUUAUUAGUAACAUUGGCAAUGGUCUCUGCGUCUUAAUUGGCAUUAAAAGAGAUGACACGAUAGAAGAUAUGAAAUAUAUAGUGAGAAAAAUAUUGAAUAUUAAAAUGUUCGAUGAUGAUAAUAAUAAGAAAUGGAAUAGAAGUGUUAUGGAUAAAAAAUAUGAAAUAUUAUGUAUUAGUCAAUUUACGUUAUACCACACUUUGAAAGGAAAUAGAUUAGAUUUUCAUAAAGCAAUGCCUGCUCAAGGAGCCGAAUUAUUUUAUAAUACCUUUCUUACUGAACUUGGUAAAAAUUAUAAGCCAGAGUUAAUCAAAGAUGGUAAAUUUGGAGCAAUGAUGGAAGUUGAUAUAAGAAACAGUGGACCUGUAACAUUAGAAAUAGAAUCUCCACUAAAACCUAGUGAAUCAAACCAGUCUAACAAUGUACAGUGAAUAUCAAUAUGGAAAGUCAAAAGUAAAAUAUACAAACGUAUAACAGAUA